AAGAGCAUAUUGUGGACACAGUCACGGGAAACUGAGAACCAUCACUGGAACAAUGCUGUUUGCUGCUCUGCUAUUGCUCUCUGUCAUCUCAAAAUCGUUGACACGACAUCACACAAUGGUGGUACGAGCAGGAGUGGGAGAAACGGUCACAGUGCGAUGUUCACCUGCAGAGAAACGGGGAACCAUAGUUUUGUGUAAAACAAACUAUCAAAGGAAAUGCAAUACAGUAGUGGAUACAGAGAAAUACAGUUACCAUCCAAGAAUAUCAAUCAGAAUACACACAGGAUCUAUUGUUGUAACCACAAGACAACUUAUGGAGAGUGAUUCAGGGAUAUACUGGUGUGGACGUAUAAACGGAAGAUAUAUUGACGUAUCAGACAUUGUAAUGCUGAAGGUUACCGCAGCAGGUUCAUGGACAGCAGACAAUACCACGGUGAAGGGUGUGAUGCAAACUGCCACCAGCCUACACUGCCACUAUGACCACCGAUUUAAAUCAUAUGAGAAAUUCUUGUGUAAAGUAACCUCUGUAAAUAGGUGCAGUGUGAUAGCCAGCUCUGAAUACAGCAGCAGAAACCCAGCAAUCAUCAUAAACACUUCCACUGAAUUUGCUGUCACCAUAAAGCAUACCAACGAAGGAGAUAAAGGAGAGUACUGGUGUGGAGCAACAAACAAGGUUAACUUUGAGAUUGUGCAGAUUAAAAUGCUGGAGAUUUCUGAAGAAACACCAGAAAAUUCUAAGGACAACAAAAGCAGCGGCCCACAGAUAUGGUACAUUUUGCUUCCACUUCUGUUGGGACUAUUGGUCUUACUUCUGAUAGUUCUACUUAUAAAGAAAAGGAGAAGACCUCAGAAAAUAGUCACUCCUGCAAAUACUAACAGGACCCCAGAAACUUCUACUACAGCCAAGUUUGAAAAAGAAGCUGAAGAUACUGUUACCUAUUCUGCUGUCACCAUUCAGCCUUCUGCUCAGACCGAAGGAAGUUCGACAAUUUAUUCCAAUAUGAAGGAUCUGGAAGAACAAAAUGGAGACGUCAAGAUCCAUUCAUCAGAAUCAGUAGAAUAUUCUGCCCUGUUAUUUAGAUCCUAGUGCAAAUACUGCACCACUCAGUAUUCUAGAAAUAUUGUCUUAAGUUAAGAUCAUUCUUAUAAAUAUUUGCAUUACAGAAACUUUGUUAUUUUUAAUUAAUGAAUAACAAGUAAAGAGAAUUUGCACAAGAUCUAGUGAACACCAAAAUAUACCAGGGCUUUAAUCUUUGCUCAUCUUUCAUUGAACUCCAAAAAUUUGAGGUCAUCCACAUCUCUGUUAACCAUGUCCUAACUUGCACUAGGAAGACUCCAGACACUGAAACUACAGAGCAAAAUGCUUUAGAGUUCCAGCUGCUGUUGGUCAGGCAGCAUCGACGGAAAAGAAUAAACGGUAAACAUUUCCACCUGACAUCCUUCAUCAGGACUGGAAAGGAAGAGGGCAGAAGUCAGAAUAACAGGGUGGGAGGGGGAUAGAAGCGCAAGCUGGCAGGUGAAAGGUGAAUCUAGGUGAGGGGGUGAGAUGGAGCAGGGAGUAGAAAAGGGAAUGAUGUGAGAAGCUGGUAGAUAAUAGUGAAAGGGGCAAAGGGCUGAUACCAGCUUCUCACAUCAUUCAUCUAUCUGAAUUAAUCUAUUUCCUGCCAGUUUGUGUUCCUCCCCCUAUCCCCACCUUUCUAUUCUGGCUUCUACCUCCUUCCUUUCCAGUUCUACUAAAGGGUCUCAAUCUGAAACAUUGAUUGUUCAAAUCUGCCUGACCUGCUCAGUUUCUCCAGCACUUGGUGUGAGAUAUCCUAACUACACCGUGCCCCUCUCACCCUGCCUCACUGAUGCGUACUGCCUCCUGAUCAAGUGUUACAAGUUAAAGUUCCCAUCCUUAUUUUGCCUCAUUAACCUCAGUCUUUCCCACCUCUUUGCUCAUCCUGCUCUACAACCCUCCAAGAUCUCUGACCUCCCCCAAUUCUAGUCUUUUGCACACCCUGAAAAUUAAUCUCCCUACCUUUCUGUCUUGAAGAACUAGGACUUCCACCCAGCUUUUCAUCAUCUGCCCUACUGCCCUCAUAUGCAAAUACUGUACCUCCAGGAAAGUGGUGUAUUCAUCAUUCUCUUUGAUUGAUAAUACUCAUGUGUAACCUGUGGGAUAUUCUUGGUGCA